GGUUAAGACUUCAAAUUCCCCGUGGGGCUUAACAGGGAGUAGCUGCCGCGGACGGGGUUUAAGGGGGUUUGGUUGCCACAGAGGCCAAAACGACAUGUUUUCCACCACCACCACCACCUUCGCGACUCCGUUUGGAUCCCUCACUUUAACAAACCAUCUGACUUCUCCCUGCACAAGCCGCGAACCUCCGCGGCGGCUCUGUUGGGGUUUUCAGCAGGGCUAACGCGUUAGCUCCCGUGCUAACGAAACCCGACAGGCUGGUGUGCUCACUGCGCACACCGGCAGCCAGUGACCCCUCGGCGUCCUCUGCCUUCUCGCUAUGGGAGACAAGUACCGGUUCUAUGCCUGCAUGCUGCGGGCUCGCUUCGAUGAGAACAAGAAUGAGAAGGACAUGGUGAAGGCCACCAUGAUGCUGAAGGCGGGAGAGGAGGAAUUCUGGACCAACCAGCAUCCCCAGCCCUACAUCUUCCCUGACUCUCCUGGAGGGACCUCCUACGAGAGAUAUGAGUGCUACAAGGUCCCAGAGUGGGUGCUGGACCAGUGGCACCCCUCAGAGAAGGCCAUGUACCCCGACUACUUCUCCAAGAGGGAACAGUGGAAGAAACUGAGAAUGCAGAGCUGGGACAAAGAGGUCGCCCAGCUGCAGGCCGAGACUCCAGCCAGAGGCCCCAAGACCGAAGCCCUCCCUCCUGCCCGCAAGGAGGGCGACCUCCCCCCUCUGUGGUGGCAGUACGUCACCCGCCCCAGGGAGCGCCCCACAUAGACAUCCUCCGCCUCCUGGCGACGGUCACCCCUGCGGUCUGAGGGCAAACGAUCCCAAGCCCGCAACCUCUCAACGAAUUACCAUCUGUGUGUAAAAGAUGUGUUGUCAGAGUCAUCUCUGAGGAGAUUCACCUGUGCAGGUUGCACAGCUGUGAAAACAACCUGCCUGAAUUCAAAGGGAUUCUCCGGUUUUCUGUUUUAGGAGGAUGGCGACUUUGAGAAGUGCGGUAGACGUAUCACUUAAUACCUUUAACUGUUCCAAUAAAUGUGUAAUGAACAUUG